GGCUCUAUAAAUCCCCUUCCGCUCCCAUGCAAUUCUCGCACGCCCAUUUUUCCGAUUCAGAGACGUUCGUAGCAUUCCACUGCUAUAGAUCAUCAUCUAAACCCUAGCUCUCCCCUCGCUUCGUUAGGUUUCUCCGGUGGCUAUCUCGCUUAAUUCCGGCGAAUUUCCUUUUCGGUUUAUGUGUCUUUCCAGUUCUUUGUUCUCUGCGGUCUCGGAGUAGUUGUUUUGUUCUUGAUCCAAUUUGCUGUACACAUUUGAUUUCAGGCUUCCUGAUCGGCGGCGAAGUUCCCUCCCUCCUUGUUCAGAUUUCUUUAGAAUUUUGAAUCUGUUCUUCUGAGGUUUUGGUGUGGGGAUCGCUGAGUUCUGUAGGGGCGAGCUAGGGUUCCUUUCCUUUUUCCCAGUUUUUUACUGCUUCUUUUGGGGGGGUUGCCGGGGCUCCGGCCUCGGCUUUUUCUAAAGCCCCCUUUUUCACAUACAAAGAUCUAUAACCAUUGACUUUUUUCUCUAACCCACACAGAUCGGGGAAGAGAUGCCGGCCUUGGCAUGUUGCGUAGAUGCUGCUAUUUUUCCUCCUGGUUACGCUCUUGCCGGGAAUAGCUCUCUUCCCGCACCGGAAAAUAUUUCCGGUGCACCUCCGACGACAAACACCACCACCAUAAGCUCCUCCGCCCUCGACCUCUCUUCCCAAUGGUCUCCAUCACUGUCUGCCUCUCUCUACAGGAUCGAUUGUUGGGGCCCGCCGUACUUCUCCGUCAACAACUCCGGUAACAUUACUGUCCGGCCUUACGGUGUCGAUACCCUCCCUUACCAGCAGAUUGAUCUCAUGAAGGUUGUAAAGAAGGUUUCAGAACCUAAAUCCGCUGGUGGAUUAGGAUUGCAGUUCCCUCUUAUCUUACGCUUUCCAGAUGUCCUCAAGAACCGUCUCGAAUCUCUGCAGUCGGCGUUCGAUAAUGCGAUCCAUUCGCAAGGCUACGAAUCGCAUUACCAGGGAGUUUAUCCAGUUAAAUGCAACCAGGAUCGAUUUGUCGUUGAAGACAUUGUUUCCUUCGGGUCGUCGUUCCGUUUCGGCCUCGAAGCCGGAUCGAAACCGGAGAUUCUUCUGGCGAUGAGCUGUUUGUGCAGGGGAAACCCCGAGGCUUUUCUUGUCUGUAACGGAUACAAAGACUCUGAAUACAUUUCACUUGCGCUAAUUGCCAGGAAGCUUGAUCUUAAUACGGUGAUCGUCAUCGAGCAAGAAGAGGAGCUCGAUUUGGUGAUAGGCAUCAGCCGAAAGCUGCUCGUGCGCCCUGUCAUCGGUGUACGGGCCAAACUUCGCACAAAGCAUUCUGGCCAUUUCGGAGGGACUUCUGGAGAGAAAGGAAAGUUUGGUCUGACUACGAUUCAGAUCUUGCGAGUAGUGAGGAAGCUCGAACAAGCAGGAAUGCUGGACUGUCUCCAACUACUGCAUUUUCACAUUGGGUCUCAGAUCCCUUCGACGUCAUUGCUAGCAGAUGGGGUUGGUGAGGCCGCACAGAUCUACUGCGAGCUGGUCCGUCUGGGUGCUGCAAUGCGAGUGAUCGACAUUGGCGGCGGGCUUGGUAUUGAUUAUGAUGGAUCGCGGUCUACCGAUUCCGACCUCUCUGUCGGUUACGGACUUGACGAGUACGCAGCCGCUGUAGUUCAAGCAGUCCGCUGUGUUUGUGACCAGAAAUUCGUGAAACAUCCAGUGAUUUGCAGCGAGAGCGGGCGGGCAAUUGUCUCUCAUCACUCUGUUUUGAUCUUUGAGGCGGUAUCUGCUACUGCAGCGGAAAAGCUGCCGAUGUCAUCUAUCGGCGUCGGCCGUCAGUACUUACUGGACGGCUUUACGGAGGAUGCUCGAGCGGAUUACGGGAACCUGACCGCGGCAGCGGUACGCGGCGAGUCUGAGACCUGUUUGCUGUACGCCGAUCAGCUCAAACAACGGUGCGUCAAGCAGUUCAAGGAAGGCUCAUUGGGUCUUGAACACCUUGCGGCUGUUGAUGGUCUCUGCGACUUUGUCAUUAAGGCCUUAGGAGCAUCAGAUCCAGUCCGCACAUAUCAUGUGAAUCUCUCUCUGUUCACUUCGAUCCCUGAUUACUGGGCAAUUGGGCAGAUAUUCCCAAUAGUUCCGAUUCAUCGACUCGAUCAACGGCCAGUAGUGAGGGGGAUCCUUUCGGAUUUGACAUGCGACAGCGAUGGGAAGGUAGAUAAGUUUAUCGGCGGCGAGUCAAGCUUGCCACUGCACGAGUUGGGUGGGGAUGGUGGUGGAAACGGUGGAGGAUAUUUCUUGGGGAUGUUCUUGGGCGGGGCUUACGAGGAGGCGCUCGGAGGAUUGCACAACCUUUUUGGUGGCCCUAACGUGGUUAGGGUGUCGCAGAGCGAUGGACCGCACAGCUUCGCUGUGACGCGAGUGGUGCCGGGGCCGUCGUGUGGGGAUGUGCUACGGGCGAUGCAGCACGAACCGGAGCUCAUGUUCGAGACACUCAAGCACCGUGUAGAGGAGUGCGGACUCGUGGACGAAAUGGCCCGUUCUGCGUUGGCGAGCGGCCUUGCCCGCUCCUUCCACGCAAUGCCAUAUCUCACAACAGGGGCUACUUGUGCGAUGGCAAACGGUAAUUCUUACUAUUACUGUGGAGGACAUGACAAUAACAUCAACGAAGACAGCAGGGCGGCUGUUGGCGACGAUGAGGCUGAGCAGUGGACCUAUUGUUGUGCUUGAGUUGAGUUCAGAUGAUAAUAACCCAUCACGCUCCACCACCAUCUAUGAAUGGUAUGUUUGUCCAAGGAGGUCGUCUGUGUUUUUUUCAAAGCUUUUCUUUUCUCCUUAACAUUUCCGUAUAAGGAGAACUAGUCGUCUGUGUUUUUUCUUUUCUCCUAUUGUAGUGGAGUCGUGAGUAGUGCCGUAUUGGAAGGGGACGAACCGAAUCAAUAUCUGUAAAUUCGGAAUCUAAUUCCCUUCUUAUUUUCAUAAUAAUUAUCUCUUUAUUCUCA